AUGGAAGGGAACAAUAAUGAUAAUGGUAAUCACCAUCCAUAUGAUCCUUUAAACCCUUACGGACUUGUCCCUCAGCAACAAGAGCCAUCUGCAGUGGUCACCAAUACGAGGACUAACAGGUCAGUCUAUCAGAGAAAAAGUCUCAACGAAGAAAGUUAUCGAACACCUGCAAUAUCCUUCACCAGCGCUGGCACUGGGUCUGGAAGAGUAGGAGAUAAGAAAUAUCAUCGAAGAUUGAAUAAUUCUGAAUUUAUAAAGGGCGUUCAACCAAAAGGUAAGAACUACCAUUAUGUCAAUGGAAAGAGGGUUGCUGGAUCGAUUGCGAGUACGAUUGCUCAGAGUAGAAGUAAAUCACAAUCAAGCAAUGAAGUUGCUCAACCCUCUUUGGCGAGUGAUAGGAGGGCUAGAAAAGCAGGUUUAACGGUGAUUCAUCAUGAUAUCAACUCGGAUACUCCCAGUGUUGACACUGACAGUCAAGGACCCUUUCAAACCGAUGUCACUCAACCACAUGGUAACUUGGGACAACAAGGAUAUGCAGCUACAGAGUAUUCUCAAGACCGAUCGGUUUACGGUCCAGGAGCUUUUGACAAUGCAGCUGAAGAUGGAGGGAUCGAUCUCCGGGCAUUGGAUUGGGCCAACAGAGCGCUGUUCAGUGAUCGGGCGCUUGAUACAGUAACGACGGGAAUCGAGACUUUAGGAUUGACCUCCUCCCAAGAUCAUGGUCAUGGCGAUAAUCUCGGUUGGAUGAUGGGCGAUACUCCAAAUCAAGAUAAUUCUUCACAUCUGUACGGACCUUGUUAUCCGGCUGUACAUGGACCAGCGCCCGCGCCCGACGAUGAGAUAUGCGAGAUCACUUUCAGCUAUACUUCCACUGGUUCGAAUGCUUCCAAGCGGGUUAAAACUUUCUCUGGUAUCUCUGGUAAAAGAGGGAAAGAGAUCGAAAAGGCCGUAGAACAGUGGUCGGUGUGA